GUCAGGCGGCGGCGGCACCGCGCGGGCCGAGUGGGGGCUUCAGGUCGGCGGUCCCGAGCGGCGGCGGCGGCGGCGAGGCCCGGCGGCGCGUGCGCCUUUCCGGCGGGUGGGAACUAGCGGCGUCACCGGCGGCGGAGGAGCCGCCGCGCCCCGGCCCAGGAUGUCGGAAGCGGGCGAGGAGCAGCCCAUGGACACGGCGGGCGCCACCGAGAACGGCCACGAGGCCGCCGCCGAGGGCGAGUGUCCGGCCGGGCCCGGGCCGGCGGCGGCGGCGGCGGCGGGCGGCGGGACGGCGGCGCCCCCGGCCGGCAGCCAGAACGGCGCGGAAGGCGACCAGAUCAACGCCAGCAAGAACGAGGAGGACGCGGGGAAGAUGUUCGUUGGCGGCCUGAGCUGGGACACCAGCAAGAAGGACCUGAAGGACUAUUUCACCAAGUUCGGGGAGGUCGUGGACUGCACCAUCAAGAUGGACCCCAACACGGGGAGGUCGCGCGGGUUCGGGUUUAUCCUGUUCAAAGAUGCCGCCAGUGUGGAGAAGGUCUUGGACCAGAAGGAGCACAGGCUGGAUGGCCGGGUCAUCGACCCCAAGAAGGCUAUGGCUAUGAAAAAGGAUCCAGUGAAGAAAAUCUUUGUGGGGGGCCUGAAUCCUGAGGCCACGGAGGACAAGAUCCGCGAGUACUUCCGCGACUUUGGGGAGAUCGAGGCCAUUGAGCUCCCCAUGGACCCAAAGUCUAACAAGAGACGCGGCUUUGUCUUCAUCACUUUUAAAGAAGAGGACCCUGUGAAGAAGGUUCUGGAAAAGAAGUUUCACACCAUCAGUGGGAGCAAAUGUGAGAUCAAGGUGGCGCAGCCCAAGGAGGUGUACCAGCAACAGCAAUACGGCUCUGGGGGCCGUGGGAACCGCAAUAGGGGCAACCGUGGCAGUGGUGGAGGUGGCGGAGGUCAGAGUCAGAGUUGGAAUCAGGGCUACGGCAGCUACUGGAACCAGGGCUACGGGCCCAGCUAUGGCGGCUACGACUACUCGCCCUAUGGCUAUUACGGCUACGGCCCCGGCUACGACUACAGUCAGGGUAGUGCCAAUUACGGGAAGAGCCAGCGCCGUGGUGGCCACCAGAAUAACUACAAGCCAUACUGAGGCUGCGGGAUCGCAAUUAUGUACCAGAUGUAAUGGCAACUGUGGCCUGUCCCAUGUGCAUCUUACUUCAACUUUCCUGGAAAUCACUCUCCUGUCGCCCGACUGUGUGCAGAGCUCUAGUGUAGGCAGUGCCCUUCCGGGCCCGCCCCUGGUUGUGAAGCGAAAGCUGUACCUUAGAGACCAGUGGCACCUUUUCACCAUUUAAUUUUGUAUUAUUUGUGUCAUACAUUUCCUGUAAUGGAAGUGUUAAUUUUACUGUACUUUUUGGUACCUUUUGGGAAUCUAAUGUAUUGUAAGGUAUUUUACACGUGUCCUGAUUUUGCCACGACCUGGAUAUUGAAGCUAUCCAAGCUUUUGAAAUAAAAAUGGAAAAAAAGAACCCA